AUGGUCCUAAGAAUCCGACUCGCCCGCUUCGGCAAGAAGCACUCCCCCUUCUACAACAUCGUCGUCGCACACGCCCGCACAGCGCGCAACUCCCGCCCCCUAGAAGUCCUCGGCACCUACGACCCAAAGCCCCAACCACCACGUCCCGGCGACACCCACGGCCGCCCCUGGAAAGACAUCAAACUAGACCUGUCGCGCGCGCGCUACUGGGUCGGUGUCGGCGCCCAGCCCUCAGAUACCGCGUGGCGGUUGCUGUCCAUGGUGGGGAUUCUGGAGCCGCAGUAUAGGGUGGGUAAGAUUGCGGGGAUGGUGGUGAAGAGUGGGAGUGCGAGUAAGAGUUUGAUUCAAGAGGGAGGGGCGCCAAGGGCUGUGGUGGAGAAUAUGGAGGGCGGGACGAAGGAGACGGCUUCUGCUACUUAG